UAUUAUCCUAUAGAAGAAGUAUUGGCUGCUGAAUAUUUGCUUGAAGAAUUCAGGCCAGAUUUAAUAGAGAUGGUACUGGAUAAAUUGAGACCAGAAAAUGUUCGAGUUGCAAUAGUUUCCAAGUCUUUCGAAGGAAGAACUGAUCGAACAGAAGACUGGUAUGGAACACAGUACAAGCAAGAAGCAAUUUCUGAUGAAGUUAUUAAGAAAUGGCAAAAUGCUGACCUGAAUGGGAAAUUCAAGCUUCCAAUGAAGAAUGAGUUUAUUCCUACUAACUUUGAGAUUUUGCCAUUGGAAAAAGAUGCAACACAGUACCCUGCCCUUGUCAAGGACACUGCUAUGAGCAAACUGUGGUUCAAGCAAGAUGACAAAUUUUUUUUGCCGAAAGCUUGUCUCAACUUUGAAUUUUUCAGCCCAUUUGCUUACGUGGAUCCCUUGCAUUGUAACAUGGCUUAUUUGUACCUUGAACUACUCAAAGACUCCCUCAACGAGUAUGCAUAUGCAGCAGAACUAGCUGGCUUGAACUAUGAUCUCCAAAAUACCAUCUAUGGGAUGUAUCUUUCUGUAAAAGGUUAUAAUGACAAGCAACAUAUCUUGCUUAAGAAGAUCAUUGAGAAAAUGGCUACUUUUGAGAUUGAUGAAAAACGAUUUGAAAUUAUCAAGGAAGCGUACAUGAGAUCGCUUAACAACUUCAGGGCUGAACAGCCUCACCAGCAUGCAAUGUAUUAUCUUCGACUCCUGAUGACAGAAGUUGCUUGGACCAAAGAUGAAUUAAAAGAAGCUCUAGAUGAUGUCACUCUUCCCCGCCUCAAGGCCUUUAUAGCUCAACUGUUGUCACGGUUACACAUUGAAGCUCUUCUCCAUGGCAAUAUAACAAAACAGGCUGCAUUAGGAAUUAUGCAGAUGGUUGAGGACACUCUCAUUGAGCAUGCUCAUACAAAGCCACUCCUUCCCAGUCAACUAGUGAGAUACAGAGAAGUGCAACUUCCUGACAGAGGUUGGUUUGUGUAUCAACAGAGAAAUGAAGUUCAUAACAAUUGUGGCAUUGAAAUAUAUUACCAGACAGACAUGCAGAGCACUUCUGAGAAUAUGUUUUUGGAGCUCUUUUGUCAAAUUAUCUCAGAACCAUGCUUCAAUACUCUGCGCACCAAGGAACAAUUAGGUUACAUCGUGUUCAGUGGUCCACGUCGGGCAAAUGGCAUACAGGGACUGCGAUUUAUUAUCCAAUCUGAAAAGCCACCACACUAUUUAGAAAGCAGAGUUGAAGCGUUCUUAAAAACUAUGGAGAAAUGCAUAGAAGAUAUGACAGAAGAGGCCUUCCAAAAACACAUCCAAGCUUUAGCAAUUCGUCGUCUAGACAAACCAAAGAAACUGUCUGCAGAAUGUGCUAAAUACUGGGGAGAAAUCAUUUCCCAGCAGUAUAACUUUGACAGAGAUAAUGUUGAAGUGGCUUAUCUGAAGACCCUGACCAAGGAUGAUAUUAUACAGUUCUACAAGGUGCUGUUGGCAAUAGAUGCUCCCAGAAGACACAAGGUAUCAGUACACGUCCUUGCAAGGGAAAUGGAUUCCUGCCCUGUUGUUGGAGAAUUUCCAUGCCAAAAUGAUGUGAACCUGGCACCAGCACCACCGCUACCACAGCCAAGUGUGAUUGAAAAUAUGACAGAAUUCAAGCGCAAACCUGAAACUAAGUCCCAGAGGGGACACGCACGUUGUCAUACCUCAGAAUCCUGGUAUAGUCGAUGGGGCUAUUCUGGUCGCUGGAUCAGUGUUCGUCCUUACGCUGGCUCUGAAGCCAAAUUACAUGAACGCUUGGCAGG